AUGGAUAAAGGAGAUGAAGAUAUACUCACUGGAGAGGCAAAAGGAUUUGUUGAUCAAGUAUUGAAAGAGUUACCAUGCACAGAAGAUAGAUUAAAUGAGCUUAGAGUGCAUCUCAAGCAAGAUGAAGUGUGUGAACAAGUUAUGAAGUACUGUACUUAUGGAUGGCCAGACAAGAAUAAUGUCAAUGACGCUAUGAAACCUUAUUGGCAACAUGUAGGGUGAUUUAACGGUUCAAGACGGUCUACUACUUCAUGGAAAAAGAUUGGUGAUCCAUUCAUCAAUGAGAUUGGACAUACUUAGUAAAAUACAUUCAGGACAUCUCGGGAUAACGAAGUGCCGAGAAGAGCAAGAACGUCAGUGUGGUGGCCUGGUAUGAGCAAACAAAUUGAUGAUUUGGUUCGAAACUGUCAUGAAUGCGUUAAAGAAAGAAAGAAUAUAAAGCAGAACCAUUGAUAUCCUCUACCAGAUAGACCAUGGCAAAAACUUUGUACUGAUCUGUUCGAGCUAAAGGGUAAGACAUAUCUUAUAAUCAUUGACUACUUUUCAGGAUAUCCCGAAAUAGCUCUCUUAAACAGUAUUACAUCUACAAGUGUAAUUAUGCAUAUGAAGUCUUGUUUUGCUAGACAUGGAAUUCCAGAUCGUGUUAUAUCAGAUAAUGGUCCUCAAUUUAGUUCAGUUGAAUUUUCAAAGUUCUCCUCCAGUUAUGGAUUCAAGCAUCAGACAAGCAGUCCAAGAUAUCCUCAAGCCAACGGUAAAAUUGAACGGGCAGUGAAAACAGUGAAAAGUCUUCUUAAAAAGUCAAAAGAUCAGUAUAUUGCUUUAAUGUCGUAUCGAGACACUCCACUCGAGAAUGGUUAUAGUCCUGCUGAACUCUUAUUUGGAAGAAAGAUUCAAACGACUCUUCCAGUUGUAUCACAGCACCUUGUCCCUACUUGGCCUUAUCUCGUAGCUGUCAGAGAAAAGGAAGAAAGAAUAAAGAAACGACAGAAGAAAAGUGAAAACAUUACAGCAACUUGAGCCUGAUUGUCCAGUGUGGAUUCCAGAUCGUAAAGAGUCGGGUACAAUUAUCAAUAAGUUUGAAACCCCUAGCUCAUAUGUGGUUAAAACCCCAACAACAACUGUUCGACGAUAUCGACGACAUCUGAUCGAAGACCCUUCAAAGAAUACUUGUGAAGAACCGCAAGAAGCCACAUCAACUACAUCAGGAACUGCAGUGCCAGAGAACAAUCCAGGUUAUUACACAAGAUCAAGUAGACUAUCUGCACCACCUGAUAGACUGGUAUACUAG